AUGACUACCGUACUCAUCACAGGUGCAAAUAGAGGUAUUGGUCUCGAGUUGUUGAAACUUUACGCUGCAGAUCCACAAAAUAAGGUGAUUGCAACUGCAAGAAAUGCAGAAAGUGGCAAAACCAUCGAGAGUUUGGCCCAAAACAACAUCCAUGUGUUGUUACUUGACAUGAAUGACUCGUUGGAACAAAUUCAAGCUAGUUUUGAGCCUUUGGCAGAAAUUGCUCCUGAAGGCAUUGAUGUAGUGAUUCAGAACGCUGGAGCUAGUAUCGACUUCCCAGUACCUGGCACCAAUCCUGCCAAUGUAGGCAUUGACGGGUACGCAAAGAAUUUUGGCAACAAUACAUUGGGUCCUAUCAAAAUUUACCAGGCUUUGUAUCCAUAUUGGACCAAGAAAACUGGAAACAUCAAGAAGUUCAUCUUUGUUUCGUCAGUAAUGGGCUUGAUUAACAAUUACUUGGGAUCUAUCUCUUUUGGGUACGGAAUGUCUAAGGCUGCUCUCAACCAUUUCGUCAAGGAGGUUUCCACAUACAAUUCCAAGAGCGACGAUGAAACUUUGAAAACUUCAUUGGUUUUGGCUGUCCAUCCGGGUUUGGUGAAAACCGAUAUGGCAAGGGAUCUCAUUGAGAAGUUCAAUCUCACCAACUACUUGACGCCUGACGAAAGUGCCGGACAUUUAAAGAAAUUGUUUGAUGGCUUGAAAGACGGGGAUAACGGUACUUUCAAGAAAUUUGAUGGACAGCAGAUCCUGUGGUAA